UACUCAAAUAGUUUAUAAUAAAUGUGUAAUAUAUGUAUUUUAUCUGAAUCAAUUGUUAAUUAAAUAAGAAAAAUUUGAACAACACAAUAAUCGAUAAAUACAUGUGCUCAUCCUUAAAUUUGAGCAUAAUGGAGAAGGAAAAUCAAAAUAAAACGUUGCGCACGUCGCGGGAGCAAAUUGAUUGUUAUUUAAAUUUUGUGCGGGUUCACCCCGAGAUAAAAGUGAACAAAAACGACCCAUCGCGGCCAAAAAGGGUUGAAGAGCUUUGGUCGGAGGUUUCUGUCCUCCUAAAUGCCCUUAAAGGUCCAACUCGGACCCCCACCAAAUGGAGAGAGAAUCUGAGCCAUUGGAGGAACCAGAUUCGGUCACGGGCCAGGAAGGCAAAGGCGCACAAGAUGAUAACAGGUGGCGGCCCAAGCUCAAAAAUUGACCUGACCGAAACUGAGCAGCGGGCGUUGGACACAUUAGGGUCAUUCGCAGUUGAUGGGUUGGCUGAAUUACCAACCAUUGGAACAGAGGAAGAAGUAUUGUUUGGUGCUACUCCUACAUCAUCCCCACUGGUGACGACUACGGACGCCCCAAUUGACCGCACUCCAUCCUCGUCCCGAACAAAACGAAUAACGACGGACGAUAUGUUUGAAAAUGUUAUGACCAUGAUAAAAGAAAAGGGUGAGGAGGAGAGAGCUUUCCGGACUGAAACUUUAGAGGCCAUAAAUAAAUACUCCGAAUCGCUAAAUAAUUUAGCGACAGCCAUGGUGACGCUUACCCAAAAUAUCAUAAAUACAAAAAACUGAAAAUUAAAAAUGUGUCUAUGAAAA